AUGAUGGAGUACGCGCAUUAUCAACAGCCGCCGCAAGGCCAGCAUAACCAUACACAGGCGCAUAUUCAAGGUGGAUAUCCAAACUCUGGUCAACAUCCAAAUCCUGGAGCCCCAAUUACUUCACCAUCUCAACAACAACAACAACAACAACAACCACCUGUCCAUUCACAGCAUGUUGUCCAGCAAUCUCCAAUUCUUUCUUCGCAACCGCAACAAGCAGGACCCAAUGCGGGACAUAUGCAGCACCAGAUGGGAUACCAACCAUCAUACGCAGUACCGCAGAUGAGUCUGCAAUAUGGCGGCAAUCCCAUCACUCCCCAGGCAGCAGCAGCAAUGGCAGCAACCAAUGCCGCAGCUGGUAACUAUCCGUAUAACAUGCCCGACUCAAGUUUGCCGCAGACCUCGCCAAGAAUUGGUUCUGGUAUAAACGUGAAGAAGGAGAGAGUACCUCGGUCACCCACACAAGCUAGUAUCAACAAUCAAAUUGCUCAGAAUCGACGUAUGAGUACACAACAAGUUGGUAGUCCCGCUGUUCCCAAUGCGCAACCUCUGAUGAACCAUGCGCCUCGGCCAUCGGUUUCAGGACCCUCUAUGUCGGCAGCCCCACUGCACCCUCAAUCUCCAGAACUUGUAUCGGGAGCUGUUGAGGAGUCGCCUCUGUAUGUCAAUGCAAAGCAAUUUCAUCGUAUCUUGAAGCGACGUGUUGCGAGACAAAAAUUAGAGGAGGCACUCCGAUUGACUUCGAAAGGUAGGAAGCCAUAUUUGCAUGAGAGUAGACACAAUCAUGCGAUGCGAAGACCUAGAGGUCCUGGUGGCCGAUUCUUAACAGCAGAUGAAGUUGCAGAAAUUGAGAGAACAAAAGGUGAUGGUGGAGAUGAGAACGACAAACCAUUAGUAACCCCGGUUAAGGGCAUCUCUAGUGUGGGUACUGGUUCGGGUACUAAGCGAAAGGCCGACUCCGACAAUCAUACUCCUAGCAAGAAAGCCAAAUUGGUAGCCGCGGUUAGGAGCAGUGCUGAAGACGAUGAGGAUGAGGAUGAUGCAGAAGAUGAUGGAUAA